UUACAGCCCUUACGUGAGAGCUAUAUAAAGCGAAAGACGUGUACCAACUAAACACCAGUCUCUGCUUCGAUUUCAAGUCUGAAACAAUCCGUUCCAUCGUAGCUUUAUCUCUCGUCCUGCAACAAUGAAUUCUUUCGUUACGUUGAUUGUGCUGUCCCUAUCGGCUUUGCUUCUGACCCAAGCUGCUCCACCUCUGGCUUACGGGAAAAGCUAUGGCAAUACUCCAGCUCUACCGCCUUUUGGAGUGGCUGCGAAGCACCCUCGUUACGGAGCCGGAUACGGAGGAUAUGGCAGUAACUACGGAAACAAUGACUAUGUCACUGCACUAAGGUACGAAAAUCAGGUACGCGAAUCUUCCGGUAUCGAAACCUCUUACGCCUACGAUGUUGAAGGCCAGAAAGUUCAAGUAGCGCGUAUCGACCCAUAUUACAAAAAAUACUAGAACCCCUAUUUAAAAUGUAUGUCAUGGAAGCAAAGUCCAGUAACAGAAUAAACAAUAUCCUAUGAUAUAA